CGCAGCUUGUUUCCGGGUCUGUCAACCUCUGUUGUUGCUGCGCUGCUCGGCGGGGACCCCGGGCGCGGCCAUGGAGGCGCGGCGGCCGGUGCGCGUGCUGGUGGACAUGGACGGCGUGCUGGCCGACUUCGAGUCUGGCCUGCUCCAGGGUUUCCGCCGUCGCUUCCCCGGGGAGCCGCACGUGCCGCUGGAGCAGCGCCGCGGCUUCCUCGCUAGCGAACAAUAUCGAGCCCUGCGGCCGGACCUGGCGGAGAAACUGGCCAGUGUGUAUGAAGCUCCAGGCUUUUUCCUGAACUUGGAGCCCAUCCCUGGGGCCGUGGACGCUUUGCGAGAGAUGAACGACAUGCAAGACACCGAGGUCUUCAUCUGCACCAGCCCACUGCGGAAGUACGACCACUGUGUGGGCGAGAAGUACCGCUGGGUGGAGCAGAACCUGGGGCCUCAGUUUGUGGAGCGGAUUAUCCUGACUAGGGACAAGACAGUGGUCAUGGGGGACCUACUCAUUGACGACAAAGACACCAUUCAAGGCCUGGAGAAGACCCCAAGCUGGGAGCACAUCCUGUUCACCUGCUGCCACAAUCGGCACCUGGCCCUGCCCCCCACCAGGAGACGGCUGCUUUCCUGGAGUGACAACUGGAGGGGGAUCAUUGACAGCAAGCGAACUGGCCUGUGAAGGACCCUGGGAUGGGUCAGCAGGAACCUGCACAGACAGGUGACUUCAUGCAGGAAGCCACUGGAACCUUCGCUUGAACAAACUGCCAUCUGGCCCUUCUCAAGAUGGCUACACCCAGAAGGAGCAGGGCUGGCGCAGAAAAUCAGUUAGGAGGAUUUUAAUAAAAAUAAAAACCCAAA